CGCCCAUCGUGUAGCAAAAGCAGUAGCUCGUAUCUCUGCUUCGAGAGCAGACUCCGCGCUAAGAAGAAAGCUCAGGCCAAAAAUCAGGGUUCCCUCCAUAUCUCGCAUCACAACUCCACCCGCCACUCUAUCAGGCCUUGUUCAUUGCUUUUGGUACAACUCUCAAAAUGUCGACUACAGAUCAUCCCAAGAGCGAUGGCCAAACAGAGGUGAUCAAUCAUUGUGUGGAAAAGUACUUACGGUGUUUCGUUCAUACUCAGCCACGACAAUGGGUCUUAUAUCUGCCAUGGGCAGAAUUGUGGUAUAAUACUACGUAUCACAUCUCUACAGGUAUGACUCUGUUUCAGGCUCUUUACGGACGUAUGCCACCAACCAUACACCGUUAUUCACCUGGCUCGACACCUGUUAAUGAGGUUGAUCAGUGCCUUAUGGGGCGUGAUAGUAUUCUGGCUCAGUUGAAGACUACACUUGCAGCAUCUAUUCAACGCAUGAAGAAAUAUGCUGACCAGGGGCGCCAGGACGUUACCUUUGAUGUGGGUGAUAUGGUUUAUCUCCGUCUCCAGCCAUACCGGCAACAUUCUCCCUGACACCGCACACGGAUGUACUUGAAUUUGAAAUUCAGUAUGUAUUUGAAUUUUUCUAGUGAAUGAUUUCGUGUAAAAGAAUGAUAUAUUUAAUUAAUGGAUGAUUAAUUAAAUGAUUUAUCGGGUCCAUAAUAUUGAGAGUGGGAUACCAAAUAUUGAGUUGGAUCAUUAUAAUAAUUAUAGAAGCCCAAUAAAAUGCCAACCAAAGUUGGGAAAAAUGUCUGGACAACUCAAGUGCUAUUUUGACCCAACCUGCCAGAAAUAGCAAUAAUAAUCGGGGGAAACUUCCUACACCCAAUUGGGACUUUUCCUACAUGUGUUGUACACCCUAAAUAAUGGGAAUGAGACAACAAAGCAUGGCUUGGCCGGACAUGUGAUUGAGGGAGUUAUUGGAGGUACAUGCACACUCAUUUAGGGCCAUGUCUUAGCAUUAUUUCCUAUUUGAUUGAGUAAGGUGCCUCCCCCUUUCAUUUCUCAUCCAUAUGACCAAGGGAGAGAGAGUGGAGCUCUAGAGAAAAGUUGUCACCAACAAGAAGCUUGAGGAGGCUAAAGGGAAGGAAAUCCAAGAAGAAACUAGCUAGAAGAAAGGAGUCGAAAUCGCCGGAAACCGCCACUCCAAAGGAGCUGCUCGUAGUUGCAGACUACGAAAGCCGCCCGGCUUUUGUGAAAGCCGCCCGGCUUUUGGCUGCUGUCCAGAAAUAUCACUUUCAUCGGCCUAGAACGGGGAUUGAUCGAGGGGCUUAACAAAGGCAACUAUUGUAGCACAUCACAAGGUGAUGAUGACUGACUAUAUUGCUUAUAAUUAGUGAGUUAAUUUCAUAAGAUUUCCUAAGGUAUUAAAAGUGAUUUUCAUGGGUUAUUAAUGAGUAACAAUGCUUAAAUGAAAAUACUAUUGAUAUGAGUAAAAGAAGCAUGACAUACAAAUUUAGAAUACAUUGUGUAUGAUUAUGUGGCAUGAAAGGAAUGACAUGAUAAUGGAAUCAACUAUGUAAAUAUUGUGAUAAAAUAUACUUUUACUUCAUGUAUGAAAUUCAUGAAUGGAUAAAAGUGAUAUUUUGAUAUUGGGAUCAAAAUAUAUUUGGAUUCGAAAAUCAAUUGAAAAGAAAUGUCAAUUUGAAUUAAGAACUUGAUAUGUUCUAAGACUAACCUACUAGUAUUAAAAUAUUAGUCGGGAGAAUAAUAUAAUGGAAUUAAUCCUACUUGAUAGGAUGGUGAAUAGAUUUGCCUUAAGUAGUCUUAAGAGAUACUUUAAGGUUGAAUUGUAUGAACACUAAGGUGUGUUAGGGGUAAGCCUAAAGGCUACCCAAGUGGAUUGAUUCUAGGCAUAGGAUUUGCUUGAGAAUUGGACUAUGAAAAUGAAUUAGAGUCGGACUCUAGAAUUGCAUGGAAAUGUAGUUGGACCGAGCCCUUUCCAUGUAAUGUGAUUAGCACGGAAACGUAGUUGGGCCGAGCCCUUGCCAUGUAUUUGUGAUAUUCGUGGAAACGUAGUUGAGCCGAGCCCUUGUCACGAAGUUGUGGUUGGUAUGGAAACGUAGUUGGGCCGAGCCCUUGCCAUAUAAUUUUAAUGUGUUAAAUUGAGUUGAAGGGUUGUAUAGAAAUGUAGUUGGGCCGAGCCCUUGCUAUAUAAUCGGGACUCAAGGGAACCCUAUGGGGUUGGCGUGACUAGUAGUCAUGGGGAAUUAAAAUGGUGAAUUCUAAAUGAAUAUGUGCCCACGGGCCGAUUACUUGACUUUAUAUAAAGUAAGUACAUUUUUAUAAAAGGGGUAACCGAGGGUUAUGGCCUAUAAUAUAAUAUCACCCUAGAUUGAGGGUCUUUGAAAUUGAAACAUUGAUUAUACUUAGUAUAGUUGUCAUUGUACUUGUCAAAUGCUUCCAAGUACUGACCUCCCCUUCACGGGGGAGGCCACCUCACAGUUUCAGGUAGGAGCUGAGCUUGCUACCAUUGCCUGUGGCUUCGGGGAGAUUCUAGGAGAGAAGACGUGGUUCGUGCUUCCUCCGUUUCUGUUUCAAACCAAUUAUAACAAUGCUCAUGGAUAUUAUUUUUUGAAUAAUUAUUUGGGGGCUUGUAUGCCCAUGUUUGGCAAAGUGUGGCAUAGACUCUUAUAUUAAAUGUUUCCGCUGCUUUAAAUAAAUGUUUUACAUUAUGUUUGUUUAUGGAUGUACUACGUGUGAAUGGUAUUCAAGACGUCUUGUAUAGUAUGGAUGAGUUGGACUGCGGUUGACUAUUCGUAUUGUACGGCGGGUUGUUGACGUGUCCGGCUAGGUCCGGGGCGUGACAAUUUAAUUGGUAUCAGAGCCUUAGUCCGUAAACAUCAUAAUGAAGCUUCAAAAUUCUUUUUGAAAAUGAAAUUGAAAACCAUGAGCAUAUGAAGUUUUGUACUUAUAGAACUUUUGGUACUUGAGUUGCAAUGUCUCUAAUUGUUAAGAUGGUACCCUUAACAAUUGGUAUGACGGUGAUUUGAGCCAAAAGAUGUCUUUAAGUGCCUAUCCGUCAAUUGACAUUUGAUACGAGUCUAAUGACUCAUUCUCAAUUUCUUUCAGAAAUGGAACGUACCGGGAAAGUAACUAGAAGGAACCCGACUGGCCGAGCACCGGAAGGGUCCGUGCAAGGCAGUAGAGGGGCUUCUAGAGUGUCCAGGGGACAAGGCCGUGGGGGCCAAGAUCAGACCGUGAGUGAUGGUCAUGCUGAUACAGUGAAUGAGUCUUACGAAUCCGAGAAGGAUUCAACGUAUCAACCAGGAACUGAGCCGGUUGAGACCCCAUACGAUGGGAAAUAUGAUGAUGACGAUGAUGAUGAGAGCGACGAUGAUGAUGCUCUAGAAAGGAUGGAGGAACUACUCCGUCAAUAUCAACAGGAUCGCCAAAGGCGCCGUGGAAGGCGUGCUUUGGGAGGAGAUUCAAGAAGAGGAAGCCAUGUGGGUUCUAGGGGACACGUAGUGUCCCGAGUAGAUCGGGGUGCCGAGGUCCCAAUAAUAAGGAUCUCGAAGUACCUCAAAGAAGCGAGAGACUUGGGGUGUAAGCCAUUCGAUGGAACGGGAGAUAUCUCCGUUGCGGCGGAGUGGAUUAAAAGAUUCAAUGAGGCGGCCCUUGAUAUGCAGCUGCCGUCAAACAUGAAGAUGAGAGUAGCAACGAGGUUGCUAGAAGGGAUGGCGUCCACGUGGUGGGACGGAGUCAAGGGGAAGUAUGGUGAGAAUGUCACUUAGGAGAAUUUCCGGCAGGAAUUCUUCAACCAAUACUACUCCGACUUCGAGGUGAACUUGAAGAGGAGGGAAUACACCAACUUGACCCAAGGAGGCAAGUAUACCGUGAGGCAACUUGAGCACAAGUUCAGGGAGCUCGCGGAGUUCAUACCAGAGUAUGUUUGUGAUGAGAACCGGAUGGUGAAUCACUUUUGGGAUGCCUUGGACUUAGACGUGCGUGAGCGGGAAACACAAUUGCCUAACAUGACGUUUAGUCAAGCGGUAGAGCAAGGCCUGAAAGGAGAGAAGGAAUGGGAGGAAAGAAAGCUGAAAAACGCCGAGGAGGCGAAGAAGAGAAAACGGGAGAACACCGGCCCUCAAGGUUCCAGCAAAAAGGGGAACCACGGGGGAGGUGGAUCUUUUAGAACACCCGCACCACCAUCACGGGGGAAUCAAGGCCCAGGGAGGCAAAGCUCGAGGUCGCAAGGCUCGGGCGUUAUAAGGUGCAAUAAAUGCAAAAGGAACCACGCAGGGAAGUGUCGUGAUCCCCCGAGAUGCUAUCAAUGCGGGGAGGCGGGACAUUUGAGGAGCAAUUGCCCAUAACUGGGGCGAGCCAUGAGUGCAGGACCUAGUAGCGGGACUACGGCAAGUAGGAACCGGACAGGAGCACCUAAUGGGAGCACGGGGCAUGGCGGGCCAAGUACAAGCAACGUGCCAUCCGUGAACCAAGGCAAGACCCAAGCUAGGGUCUAUGCGAUGACGGAGGCGAACGCACGUGCUAACCCGGACUCCGUUGCGGGCAAUUCCUUAAACUCACGUUUUAAUCUAUUGUAAGCAAUAGGAGUGUUGAACUUGUAAAUAUAUAACCCUGGCAAGUUUGGUCGGGUUUGGAGAGAAAAAGGGGAGGAGAAUCCUCGCCCUGGGCGAAUGCCGCUCGGUAUGGACGAAAGCCGCCCGGCUUUCGUCUGGAGUUGAUAUAAAAAUUCUACGACGACGGAUACCGUCCGGCUUUCACCAAAGACCGGCCGACUUUCGUAAAUAUUAAAUCUCGAUUUUUCUCGCAGAUGAAAACCGGCCGGCUUUCACAGAAACCGACCGGCAUUUGUAAUAUAUAAUCCGGGAUAAACUGCGGCGCCAAAAGCCGGCCGACUUCUGUGAAAGCCGCCCGGCAUUCGUUGGACCUGGGAAAUUCCUGCACUGCUAAAACCCGGCCGGGUUUCGUAGAAACCGACCGGCUUUUGAAACCUAUUUUAUGAAUAAAACGACGGUGACGAAAACCGACCGGCUUUUGCGAUUUAUUUACGACAACUUUCUCGCAGCCAAAACCCGACCGACUUUCGUAGAAACCGGUUGGCUUACGUAACGACAAGUCCGGAACUGGACGAAAACCGGCCAGCUUUUGUGAAAAGCGGUCGGCUUUCCCUGUUGGUGCACUAGGUCGGUUCGUGAGGGUGAGAACCGAGCGGGUUGUGAUGGGACGUUGAACGACUAUCAUCUAAACCAUAGUUAGUACACUCUUUAACCAAAGAAACGAGUCUAUACUUAGAAAGUGUGUCUUACAUUGCUUAUGAAUGUAGGAACACUAAAGAUAAACGGGAGAGAUGCAAGAAUCCUUAUUGAUACCGGGGCACAACGAUCAUUUGUGAGUGAGGCGUUCGCCGGGGGAUUCAAUGAACCGCUUUUACCGAUGACUCAAACCCUAUUGGUGUCCACACCUCUAGGGGAUGACGUCGAAAGAGAUAACCACUAUCCAUCGUGUGAGGUGGAAGUGGAGGGCCAAAGCUUGACGUGUGAUUUUGUACCGCUGAGUAUGAUCGAGUUUGAUGCAAUCCUCGGAAUGGAUUGGCUUGAGAAACAUCAUGUGAUGGAGUAUAUGGGUCUAGGUCCCAGGACCCACAUACUCAGAAGAACAGAAAGUACAAGCCACUGAGCGGUGCCCUCGUCGGCCAGAGGACCCCCGUCGGCCAAAGAGGGACCAACUCAGAAUAUGAUCCCGAAACCAGGGAACCAGGGUGUCCUCGUCGGUCAUGCCCUCAUCGGUCGUGUCCUCGUCGGCAAGACCCUCGUCGGCCACAGAAGCCUCACAGAACCAGAUCUUACACUUAAUCAUUUCUACACACAUUGUAUUCGGCCCAAUGGCGGUCCAAUUGUAAAUGCCCCCCCCCAAGCCCAAGGCUUGAGAGCCUAGCCCGUAUUUUUCCUAUAAAUACUUCCUCUGGAGGUAGUUGUAGGGGUUGCAAAAUCAUUCUAUUGAAGCAUUUACUUGCACUUCUUUCUCUAGCUCUCACUUCUCUCUAGAUAUAUACUCUAUCAUUUGGUGCUUUCAUUGAGAGCUAGAACAAUCAAGUUAGCACCCUUCGUCGCUACCAAGCACAACUAACCACUGAUCAUGGGAAGAACCAAGUCAAACCGCAACCUCGUCAGCAAGUCCAUCCCUGAGGAUCAGGAGACCAGAGAGCGUGAGGAGGACGCCACGGCCGACCAGGUCGGAGGAGGGGACGUCUUCCAGGAGGCCAUCAACCUCACGACGAACCUACGCAACCAACUCAACGACGGUGCCCCCCGAUGCCUGCAUCGGCCUGGACAAGAAGCAUGCAGAGAAGACAGACCACGCCCCGGCCCGGCCUAUGGUCGGGGCUUCCCCGUCUGUGGAUCCACAGGUUCAGGCCGCAUUGUCGGUCAUCAUCGCCAGCUUGGCCCAGAACCCCACCGUCCUCAGCGCACUCUUGCCAAGGACUGGGGGGAACGUCACCCCACCUCAGCCCCAACCGUUGGCCACCAGGUUAGGCAACAAUGAGGGGGUGAUAGCCCAGGACACGGCGUCGUCCCACUCCCACCUCGCUUCCCCUCUUCAGCCUGGGCAGACCCCAGCGCGUGGAAAAGCCCCUGCCUUCAACAGGCUAGGUGACACCCACCAUCGUCCGGUUUCGGAGAGGAUGGCAGGACGGAUUGGUGAGCGUCGGCCUGGCUCACCAAGAGAAAGCUUGGGGUCUGUGUCCCGGACAGCGGACCAGCCCCGCCUGGACAAGGGCAAGGGAAAGUUGCACGAGGACGACGUGCGCCACCAGAUCAACGCGGCCCACGAGGAGCGCAUGAAGAACCAGCAGGGCACCGCUGCAGCUAGGGGUGUUCACCGGUCCAAAACCGGACCGGACCGGACCGGAACCGGAAUCUUAAAUUUAUGAGAACCGAAGACCGGACCUAUUACUAACCGGUCCAGACCGACCCAGACCGGAAUUUUUCGGUCCGGUCCGGUUUUGACCCUAAUUAACCCGGUUUUUUAAACAAAAAAAUAAUAACACAGACUUUUAUUUCGAAAAAUAAUCUGAUGAGCAAAUAUGCGUAGUAAAUGUUUAAUCAUAUAUCAAUAUUAGCAUAUAAAUGUUUAUUACUUCCCUAGUGCACACUACAAACUAGCAGACUAUAUUUGUAGUCUUGAAUUCUUGUAGGUUGCAAAUUAAGAAACAGACGUGAGAAUAUCAUAAAAAUAUAUAAACUACAACCAUAUACCAUAUUGCACACCUAUAGAAAAGGUACUGCAUAAAAAACAAACUGCAUUGUAGUUUCAAAUCAUAGCAAAUCAAAUAAUGAAAAUUCAAUUUUGCAAAAAACAAAACAUACUGCUAUUAACUUUAAAAAGAUACUAUGAACGUAUCUUGGGUUUCCCUAAUUUAGUUCGUAAAAUAAAUGGGCCACCGGUUACAAGCCCUAAAAAUGGAAGUAUUUUUUUGGGAAAAGUAAUUUAACGGGCAACCGGUCCGGACCGGUAUUUUUCCGGGUUUGACUCGGACCGGACCGGAACCCGGAAUCUUAAUAUCCUAAAGACCGAAACCCGGACCGGUUAAUACCGGUCCAGUACGGUCCAAUCCGGUCCGGUCCGGUCCAAUCCGGUCCGGUCCGGUCCAAUCCGGUCCGGUUCAGGUCUAAAUUACGGUCCGACCCGGUUAAUGAACACCCCUAACUGCAGCCGCCAGCGAUCCUCAGGACGAGGUCAUCGCCCAGCUGGAAAGGAGGCUGGCCCAGAUGGAGGCCAGACAAUCGACAAACAUCCCCACGGCCGGCGCCUCCAACGAUCCUGGCCUCAACGCUCUCAUGAACAAGGUCAGCGCCCUUGAGAGGGAGUGCGCCGAAGGGCGAGGUGACCCCGUCAUCCAGGUCAGGACCAGGACCCCUUUCACUAACAGGGUGCUCUCGCCCCCCAUCCCGGAGAAGUACAGGGGAAACGCCAUCAAGACCUACGACGGCCGAUCAGACCCCCAAGAGCACCUCACCCACCCGGUCAACACCAUCCUCGACUAUGCUGAGAAGCAUGGCCUCAUUGAACAAGCUCCUCGGCCGGCGGAGGAGGUCCUUGCCAUCCAGAAAGGCGGCACAUACUGCCGAUUUCACAAGAACUCCUCACACAACACCGGCGACUGCAUCACAUUGAAGAAAGCCAUCGAGCGCCUUAUUCGUCAGGGGGAACUCUCCCAAUUUGUUAAAGGUGGUCCGUGCAAAAAUACGUGGGUAAACACCGGCAAACCUAGGGGCGAACCCUCUACGAAGAAGCGGGAGAUCGGUAGGCUCAGCGACGAUGAAGAUUUUGAGGAGCCUCUGCCAAAGAAGAACCAUAUUCACCUCAUCGUAGGUGGGAAUACCGGGGGGGACUCCGUCACCCAGAGGAAGAAAUGGGCCCAAUCCCUUUACAUUGGGGAGGUGUCCCACGUCCCCCCAGCCGAAGAAGCAGCGAACGGAGGCGAUCACCUUCACCGAUAAGGAUAUGUCUCCGGGUACGGAAUCACACAGGGACGCCCUCGUCAUCCGGUGUGAGAUUGGUGACUCCAUCAUCCACCGCACUACAUCGAUACGGGGAGCUCCGUCAACGUGAUGUACCUGGACACCUUCAAGCAGCUAAAGCUGGACAAGGCUCUGGUGAAGCCGAUCAAGACACCGUUGUCCGGCUUCACCGGGGACUCUAUCGACGCCGAAGGCACGAUAGUCCUCCCCGUGGAGGUCGGCGACGGCUCCCACCGCGCCAAAAUUGACAUGGAGUUCAUGGUGGUCAACCUUCAGGGCGCCCACAACCUGAUUUGGGGGUGACCAGCACUGGAGGACCUGGAGGCCAUCAUCUCCAUGAAACACUUGUGCCUGAAGUUCCCCACCAGCGGCGGCAUCGGCUACGCUAGAGGAAACCAGAGGAUAGCCAGGGCAUGCUAUCUCAAGCUAACGAGGCCGACCGAGAGGGAAGGGCAGAAAAUAGACACCAUCACGGCAACCGUUGCCAAGGAAGAGGAAAGACCGCAUGUUGAACCGGCCGAAGAGGUCGAGGAGGUCCCCCUGGAUACCUCCCGGCCGGAGCGGGUCCUCAAAACCGGGAAGCAACUCCCACAGGACCAGCGGGACGCCAUCCUCCUCGUCCUACGGUCAUACGCCGUUAUCUUCACAUGGGGCCCGGACGACAUGCCAGGCAUCAGCCGGAAGGUGAUCACCCACCGGCUGACCGUCGAUCCGGCCUCCGCGCCUGUCAAGCAGAAGCGACGCUACUUAUCCACCGACAGGCUAGCCAACGUCGUCCUCGCCCAAAAACCGCCGACAUUCAGAAUGUGUGUUGAUUACACUGACCUGAACAAGGCGUGCCCCAUGGACCCGUUCCCUCUCCCCAACAUUGAUCAAUUGGUGGACGAGACGGCGGGAUGCGAGUUGAUGUCGUUCCUCGACGCCUUCAGAGGGUACCACCAGAUUUUCAUGCAUGAAGAUGACGCUGAGAAGACAACCUUCAUGACCCCGGAGGGAAUUUUUUGCUACCUCGUCAUGGCCUUCGGGCUCAAAAACUCCGGCGCCACCUAUACCAGGAUGGUGGCUAAGAUCUUCAGAGCAGUCCUCGGCCGGACGAUGAAGGCAUACGUCGAUGACAUGAUUGUCAAAAGCAAGCAAGCCACCACACAUGCUGACGACCUCCAGGAAAUUUUUGAAAUCAUGAAGGAGUUCAAACUCCGCCUCAACCCCAAGAAGUGUGCCUUUGGCGUCCAAGGCGGCAAGUUCCUCGGCUACAUGGUCAGCCGGAGAGGCAUUGAAAUAAACCCGGAGAAGAUACAGGCUAUCAUCAACAUGGAGCGGCCCCGCAACGUCAAAGAGGUACAACGGCUGAUGGGGCGCCUGGCGGCCCUGAGCUGCUUCCUCUCCAAGUCAGCCGAGAGGUCACUCCCUUUCUUCCAGAUCAUGCGCAAAGCAAACAGCUUCAAAUGGACGACGGAGUGCCAGGAAGCAUUUGAAGAGCUGAAGAGGUACCUUUCGUCCCCACCAGUGCUCUCUAAGACCAAAGCCGGCGAAACCCUCUACUUGUACUUGGAGUGAGCACAUCGGCCAUCAGUUCCGUGCUCAUCCGCGAGGACGAAGGGGUGCAGAAGGCCAUAUUUUACAUUAGCAAAACACUCAGGGAGGCCGAGCUUAGGUACUCCCCCAUCGAGAAGACGGUGCUAGCCAUCGUCCACACGGUGAAAAAGCUGGGGCACUACUUCCAGGCCCACGCCGUCCACGUACUGACCCAACAGCCCCUUGGUGCACUCAUGAGGAGCCCCACUAGCUCCUCGAGGAUGGUGAAAUGGGCGAUCUUCCUCAGCCAAUUUCAAAUUGAGAUCAAGCCAAGUCCAUCUAUCAAAGGACAAGCCUUGGCCGACUUCGUCACCGAAUGCACGGCAAGGGAGACAACCGCUACCACCCCCGGGCCAGAGCCAGAUGACACAUGGAUCCUCUUCACCGACGGCUCGUCGGCCGUGAAAUCAUGCGGGGGCGGCGUCGUCCUCAUAUCCCCUGAAGGAUUCAGAGCUUACUAUGUCAUCCGCUUCAGCUUCAGGGUAUCUAACAAUGAAGCCGAGUAUGAGGCCCUCCUCAGCGGCCUCAGACUUGCCGCUGGCCUCAGAGCCAAGCACAUCAGAAUCAGGUGCGACUCCAAGCUGGUAGUGGGCCAGGUUGAGGGUACGUAUGAAGCAAAGGAAGGCCAUAUGAAGCAAUACAAACACGCAGCAGAGGAGUUGCUGAAGGCGUUCGAAACCUACGAGAUCACACAGAUCCCAAGGGCCGAGAACACCGAGGCCGACAUCCUCUCCAAGCUCAGCUCGGAUACUCCGGAGCACAUCUCCAAGUUAGCCAAGAUCGAGGAGCUGAGCAUGUCCACCAUCCAUGCCAACCCCAUCUUGUGCAUCCAACAGCAGCCGAAGGGCUGAAUUUCUGACAUCACCACCUUAAUCACCACGGGGGAGCUACCCCAAGACGAGGAGAGGGCCAAGCUUGCCAAGCUCAGGGCCCCAAGCUACACUAUUGAAGAUGGCAAGCUCUACAAACGAUCCUACAAUGGUACUCUCCUCCGAUGCCUGCACCAGGACGAGGCCGGAGUGGCCAUGGAGGAAGUUCACUGCGGUGUUUGCUCCUCACACCAGUGCCCUUUCAGUAUGUCCCGGCGUCUCGUCGUCCAGGGCUAUUUCUGGCCGACGAUGGCACGGGAUUGUGCAGAUCUUGCCAGGAAAUGUACCACGUGCCAGGUGCUCCAGAAGGCCCUUGGUCGGCCAGCCGUCAAUUACGCCCCCGUCAGCACUGCCAUCCCAUUUUCAAGGUGGGGAAUUGACCUGGUCGGCCCACUACCCAGAGCUGCUGGCAACAACCGCUAUAUCAUCGUCACAGUCGACUAUUUCACCAAAUGGGUCGAAGCGGAACCCUUGGCCAGCAUCACGGGGGCUAGGUGCCAGAAGUUCGUCCACAAGAACAUUCUCACCCGCUUUGGCGUCCCCCAAGAGAUCAUAUCCGACAAUGGCACCCAGUUUGAAGCGGCGCCCUUCCAGGAGCUCCUUCGAGAAUGGGGAAUAAAGCACCGUUUCUCCUCCGUUGCCUAUCCUCAGGGCAACGGGCAGGUUGAGAACGCCAACAGAACUAUAAUGGAGGGGCUGGAGAAGAGGCUCCAGGACGCAGACGGAAGUUGGGUCGACGAGCUCCCCAACAUCCUAUGGUGCUAUCGUACUACGCCAAGGAGGGCAACAGGUGAGACACCUUUUGCCCUAUGCUAUGGCUUUGAAGCAAAAGCACCCACGGAAGUCUCCAUUCCCAGCCGAUGGGUGGAGCAGUACGACCCUGAGGUCAACGAGGAGAACAUGAGGAUCGACCUCCACCUGGCUGAAGAGAGACGCGAACAAGCAUUCACCUGAGCGGAGAACUACCGGCGUCAAGUGAAAUCAUACUAUGACGCCAAGGUACGUUCCCGGGAAUUCCAAGUGGGGGACUACGUCCUCCGCCGAAGGGAAGCAAGUUAGCCGACGGAAGGGGCAAGCUAGCCUUGAAGUAUGAAGGUCCCUACAUCGUCAGUGUCAUGGUAAAACCCGGCACCUACAAGCUUAAACGCCCAAGUGGGACCAAUGUACCACGAACGUGGAAUGUACACCAUCUGGUGAAGUUUUAUCAAUAAUCCGAAGGAGGUGCACCCGGCGAAGCCCUCACCCCUUGACGGGUUAUUGAUUGAACACCACCCUCGGCCUUGAGCCACUUAUGAAUAAGAAUCAGGUUUCCUUUGAUUGCUUGGGAAUUGAGUAAAACAUUAACGGGCGCCCUCAUCGGCCACCUAAGAGCGAAAGGCUCAGGCAUGACCGAUGUGGCGCUUCGCAACUGCAGCCUUAGAGCGAAAGGCUCAGGUAUGCUCCAUUGUAUUUUGUAUCAGCGAAAGGUCUAGGCCCAGCUGAAAGAGCACGUCGUACCGGCCCCUCAGAGCGAAACGCUCAGGCAGGGCCGACGACGUCCCCAGGACGAUGGGCCCGCAAACGGCCCACGUCUUGAAAUGGGAAGUUCACCGCGUCGUCCACGCGCCUGAUCGCAGGACGACAGGCCUGAAAUCAUGGCCGAGGUGACAAAAUCCCCAAACUCAGGGUUGGGCAACGACAGCAGUUGGAAACCAACCAAAAGUCUAGCCCGCGUCAUAAUUAGGCGACGGGACCCCCCUGAGAUCAUGGACGUUAUAAACGAAGUCCAAACCGGCCGGAGGACUAUCGACCCCUUUUACCGAAGCCUGAAAGAAGGACACUCCCCGAAAUAGGGAACAAAAAAAAAGAGGGAAGCCGAGGACCUUGCGCACUUGCCGGCCUCGAGCAGUAAAAAUGAAUCCCCACGAAUCAAGGCCACACAUUUGGCUAAGUACAUAUCAGUUGAAUACAAAGGUAAUACCACCAACAUGCAACGCGGACGAAGCGGCCACCCGCUACGAGGAAAGUGUCAAGGACAGAGCAUGCACCCAUAAAAUCCUAACCAAAGUGGUUGGGUGAAACGAGGGUGGUAACCUUCAUCGGCCAUGACCAACUGAAGUUCCAACACUUGGCAUGAAAGCCAAGAACCCUAGCUUGACACUUGACACAAUCCUGGAGUUAAACACCGGAGAGGAGGCCCAGGACGAAGCGGGCACUAAAACACCCGCGGGAAAGUUGAACACACUGGUGGCAACCCUUACCAGCCACAACAUUCUUGCCGGCCGUUAAAGGCACUAAAACCUAGGCGGUUGUUUAAGCUGAAAAUUUGAGAAGAAAGUUGUCUAAGUGGUUUUCAAACACUUCGAAAAUUUCUGAAGAAACUUGCCUAAGUGAACUUCAAACACUUAGAGAAUUUCUUGAGGAAAGCUAAUGCCAAGGAAGAGACAAAAACCCGGGUACCUUCAUCGGCCACACCGCCUAAAUUGACCGACAACGGUACUACGCAGAAGAAAACUACAUGGCCCAACACUUAGAAAAAUCUCCAAAGUAUCGAAUAACGAGGGGACAACCUCAAGACGAAGCGGUCACUCAAACACUUGCAGGUGCCCGCCUCGGCCCCAGCAAAAGGCGGUAGUUGUCUAUGUUUUGGUUUGACACUUGGACAAAUUCCAAAGUUGGAAUAACAAAGGCAAUAAACAAAAGCAUUGCAAUCCGAAAGGGACACAAGCAAUCCAUUCAAUCAAUAGAUCAAGUUCCAUAGCGGAACGCUUCGGCCAUCACACGCACACCCUUACCGGCUACGACUACAGAAACAAGAUGUGACCUCCUCUUUAGGCAGGGGGCAUGGGGACAAAAGGGCCGAAAAGAACGCCGGGCCGACGAGAUCACCACGUGUGGUAUUUGGUUCAACACUUAGGAAAUUUUCCAAAGUAUCGGGCAAAAGUGAAAGGGGGCGUAACACCAAGACGACGCGAACACCCACUCACUUGAUGCCUUGAUACUUAGAAAAUUACCUAAGUCCCAAUUCCAAAACACUUAGACAAAUUUAAAAAAAAACGGAGAACAAAAGCAAAGGGAAAACAAGACGACGAGAAGACAGAAUAAGGUCGGAAACAGUUCAUUCAUAAAAGUCAUUACAUGGGAGGGCGCUUCGGCCAUUACAUUCAGACGAUGAAACAAAAAUUACUAAUUACAAAGCAGAGUCAGUUACGGACGAUCAGGCCUCCUCGGCAGCGUGACCCGCAACGUCCUGGUCAACGACAAGCUCGACACCAUCCUCGGUCUCUGCAUCCAAGUCGGUCUCUACGGCGGAAGUAGCGGUGUCGGCCAGGACAUCAUCUUCACCAUAGUCCGGUUCGCCGAGGCCGGAACUAUCAAUUGGAGCCUGCCUAUCGCAUAGAGGAAGUUUGAUCUGCUCCCCCGGAUCCUUCAUCAGCUUGGGGAGCUGUAGGUUCCGCCUGGCCCAACCCCUAGUGUAGUUCAGGGCUUUGAAAGCGCGAGUCAGCCGCCGAUAAAGGAGCCUCUGCAUCCGAUGUUGGCCCAUGUUGUAAUAUACGGACAUUUCGCGUUCAAAAUAUUCUUGGCCGGCAGGGGAGUUUUGCCCCUAGUCUUCGAGCUUGGCCGCUACGACCUCAUAGCACCAGGGCAAGUGCUCGUCGGCCUUCCAACCUUCGGCCAAGAACUUCUCCACUGCACCAUCAGCGACCUUCACCGCCGCAGCCUUGGCUUCGGCCUUGGCCCUCUCGGCCUCAUCGACUCGCCGACGGUCAGCCUCACGGGCAUCCCUCUCUUCGGCCAGUUUGGCCAGGGCCUCUUUCUUGGCCGCAUCGGCCUCAUCGGCCCUCUUUUGCAAGGCUGCAAAGUCCUCUCGCAGCCUCCCUAAUCAGCUCAUGGCCUCAUCGGCCGAGGCUGCCUUCUGCUCAAAUUCCUUCAAGCGGGCAAUCUCCCGUUGCUGCCUUUUGUUGCUCUCCAUGAGCAUGAAGGCACCCUGCAACACAAAAUACUAUCAGACAAGCUUGCAAAAAUAUCAAAGGAAAACAACAAGGCUAAGGACGAAAGAAAUUACCUGGACGACAAGGUCCAUCCCACCAUCGUAUAUCUUGACAUCGCCAAGCUUGUCAAGAUAAACCCGGUCCUUGGCCGGAAUGGCCUGAGAAAGCACGUUGUGGCCGUCAACGCCAUCGUUGAACCCCCCCGUCCUUGUGGUAUUCAACCUCCAGCUUAUAAGUGGCCGAAGCCACCUCCUUGCCGGACCGCUUCGACCGGGAAUCCUCAGCAAGGGAAAGGGGUUGAGAAACAUCCCCGGAAAGACCAGAGGUAAGGUCCACGAGGGCAGCUGCAGCACUAGAUCCCCCCUCGUCCACAAUCGGGACGGUUAGUGCGCCGACCUCAUCGGCAACGGCAGAAGAUGAAGCCUUCUUGGACUUCUUGGCGGGUUACAUGGCGGCCUCCGUCAGCUUCCUCUGAGAAUCCUCCGCCGACCGCUUUUUCUUCGGUGGGGGGGGGGGGGGGGGGGGGGUGGCCUCUUCGUCGCAUCGCCAGCGACAGCUGCCUUCGCCGCGGCCUCCUUAGCGGCCAACUCCGCCUCUGCCUUCGCAGCGGCCUUGUUCAUCACGGAUCGGCGAUCCAUUACAAAAUCUACACAACAAAGAAACAAGUUAGCAAAGUAAAAGAACAAAGUAAAAUGAGGACGCCGUAGGAGGUAUUACCAUCAGCUUCUGCAGGGACGCCCAGAUCAGGGCCGUCGGCCUCCACGAAGGUAGUGGUCAUCUUCAGCCACAGUUGGACGUCAUCUUCCUUAUCACCAUAUACGAAGUAUCUAAAGAAGCCGAUAGCGGUCAUCUUGUACUCCGUAAUGUAAUCCUUCACACUCCUCGUCCCCCCUCCAGGAAUGCCUCCACCUGAGCGUCUAGGAUCGAACUCUUCGGCGGGUCAUGAAGGUUAAACCUCCCAUCAUGGCCGACGGAGGGGAACUCAGUGCCACCCUCGCCCAGGGACACGAAGACGAAUUUGCUCUUCCAACCAUGUAUGGAUGAAGGCAAGUCCGUGAAGGUCCUUUUCUUCGGUAGCUGUUGCAGAGUGGCGUAGCAGGCGCAUUUCUUAUGGCUCCCUCGGCCAAUCUGAUAAAGGUUCAUGAAUAGGGCCGUUGUCGGCCUGUAACCUCAUUCAGCACAACGGAGGAGGAACCCCACCAUCAGCGAGUAGUUGUUAGGGGUCAGCAAGGCCGGAGGGAGCCCCACCAUGUCCAAAUAUUCCUGGAUGAAGGGGUGAAGGGGAAACCUUAGCCCCUUGGCGAAGCUCAUCGGAUACACCCCGAAGUAUCCUGGCGGCGGAUUGAACACGUGGUCCAUCAGACUAGGCGCCCUGACCCUCCCAAACGGCCCCACAUACAUCUGUGCGACCAAAUAAUCAGCAGCACUGCUCUCCGGCUUGAUAAGGAAAAUGUUGGUAAGGUCCAGGUAAGAGAAACCUGGCCCCUUCUUCGGCCGCCUGUUCCUCUUCGGCCGCGGUACCCCCUUCAUAGCAGACACCGGCUUCGGGCACAGAAUGGCAGUGGAGGCGGACGCCCCGUCCACUACGUGGGAGACCCCUGCAUCCUCACCCUCAGAUGACGAGGCGGACCUUUCGUCCUCGUCCUCCUCGUCCGCAUUAUCUACGGACUUAUACGGGCUCAAGUGUUCAAUCUCCUCGGCGCACUCCUCGAUCACAUCAUAGUCAAGAGACUUGACGGAGGGCUCGUCGUCAUACGGGUAAUACUCCUCGUUCAAGGAUUUCAUCUUAACAACUCCUAAGGCACUAAAAGGAUCUACUUUAGAUCUAAGGUGUUUUUGUGACUAACACUGGAUCAAAGCCUAGAGAGAGCAAAAUAUGUAAGAAAUAGAAGAAAGGAUUAAGGAACUGACCUUGAAGUUUUGAAGAAGGUGAAGAACACUCAGCAAAGGCUUUAUCUCUCUAAAAAAAUUUGGGCAGCACUUCAUUACUCAGAAUGCAAAUGAAGACCCUCCUCGGAACGGGGAGGGUAUUUAUAGCCCCCCUCCCAACGGUAACUACACGUGGCAUCACCUUAGUGGCCAUACCAACGGCCACCAAUGGGAUGCCACCAUUCUAUCAAUAGGCCAAACCCCCUCCACAGAUCAGCGGCCCACCAGCGAAGCAGGCCCUACGGAGCAAGGAAGGGAAAAUAGCACCCACGACGGCCAACACAGCUAACGGCCAUCCACGCUGCACCCGUAUCGGCCAUCUAAGCGGCCACGCAUAUUAUGCAAAGGAAGGCUUUACAAUGGCCACAAUACCCCAAAGGAAAGGAACCCAAUGGCCAUGAGGUCCUCGCACUAAACCCUUGAUGAUAACCCUUUGAAAGCGACCUGCGUCCAAGGGUUCUUUCACAGGCUUACCUUGGUCAGGAAAUCGCCAAAGGGUUGGAUCCAAGGGCAGUAUGAGGAUCCCAUUUCGGCCUAGGUUUCAAGCUACUCCUUCACCCCUCACUCACUCUUCGGCCUGAAGCAGUGGGGGACUGGGGGACUACACCGGCCUCAAGAAUAGCAGGCAAAAUGAGAAAAUAAAAAUAUACCAAGUCCACAACUACAACACCAGACAUGCACCACAACGCCAAUAACAUCGUGGUGCACCAUCGGCCGCAGCGAAGCUUGAGAUCACAGGACACUUAUCGGCUUUGAGACCAAACACCACUCUCAGCCAGGAAUCAAAGAACAGGAGGCUAACGUACCUAGAUCACCAUCAUCCAUGUACCACAACGGCUCCAAGGUCCUCACAACUCCAUCUCCGGCCAGACAAUGUCAUCGUCCCCAAAAACUUGGGCAAUAAGACGUCUUGUCCCCCAAAGGCACAUGGUGCCAUCGACAACGGCCAAAAGGAGUGCACAACACCCUCACCGCCCAUCCAGAACAAUGGACGCCUGUCGUCCUCAAAACAAGACGCAACCCCAACGGCCUCAUCAGCCCAAAAGGAAAGUUCAACCAUCAACGAUCAAGGAUAGACGCUACCUUCAUCGGCCACUCAUACCAGAACACUCAUCAUCCACGAACAAGUGCACCAAAGGAAUAACAGCCUUCGCCGUCCACAUCAAGGGACAGGUAACGGCCAAACUCAGAACAUGGCCACCAACGCUAACAGAGAACGGCCAACGUGGUCCCGCAUCGGCCAAGAACAUCAAGCACAGAAAAUCUACUCUCCUUCACUUCGUCUGCAUCUCAGCUUAGAGAGUGGGGGACUCCUGAUGGAGUAUAUGGGUCUAGGUCCCAGGACCCACAUACUCAGAAGAACAGAAAGUACAAGCCACUGAGUGGUGCCCUCAUCGGCCAGAGGACCCCCAUCGGCCAAAGAGGGACCAACUCAGAAUAUGAUCCCGAAGCCAGGGAACCAGGGUGUCCUCGUCGGCCGUACCCUCAUCGGCCGUGUCCUCGUCGGCCAGACCCUCGUCGGCCACAGAAGCCUCACAGAACCAGAUCUUACACUUAAUCAUUUCUACACACAUUGUAUUCGGCCCAAUGGCGGUCCAAUUGUAAAUGGGCCCCCCAAGCCCAAGGCUUGGGAGCCCAGCCCGUAUUUUUCCUAUAAAUACUUCCUCUGGAGGUAGUUGUAGGGGUUACAAAAUCAUUCUAUUGAAGCAUUUACUUGCACUUCUCUCUCUAGCUCUCACUUCUCUCUAGAUAUAUACUCUAUCGUCAUGCUAGGGUCGAUUGCUACACAAAGAUUCUUGAACUCGAAAGCGGUGAAGGGUUGACCUUACGCUUCGAGGGAGAUAGAGGCAAAUCAAACAGUUGUAUCAUAUCCGCCGUGAGGGCGAGGAAUAUGAUGAGAAAGGGAUGCCACGCAUAUCUAGCAUAUGUGGUGGACAAAACCAAAGAAGAGGUAGACAUCAAUGAUGUGAGAGUAGUGUGCAAGUAUCCGGAUGUCUUCCCAAAAGACUUGCCGGGACUUCCACCCGAUAGGGAGAUUGAGUUCGUGAUCGAGGUUGAACCCGACACCAAACCAAUCUCUGUACCGCCAUACAGAAUGGCACCCGCUGAACUUAAUGAGUUGAAAACCCAAUUGCAAGAGCUAUUGGAUAACGGUUUCAUAAGGCCGAGUCACUCUCCAUGGGGAGCACCGGUCCUUUUCGUGAAAAAGAAAGAUGGAACACUUCAAAUGUGCAUUGACUAUCGUCAACUGAACAAGGUCACAAUCAAGAAUUGGUAUCCUUUGCCUAGGAUUGAUGAUUUGUUUGAUCAGCUCCGAGGAGCGACAGUGUUUUCGAAGAUUGACUUGAGGUCGGGGUACCACCAACUGAAGAUAAAGGAGGAUGACAUACCGAAGAGUGCAUUCCGCACAAGGUAUGGUCAUUUCGAGUUCCUAGUUAUGUCGUUCGGGCUAACCAACGCCCCGACGACAUUUAUGGACUUGAUGAACCGAGUAUUUCAUAAAUACUUGGACCGGUUUGUGAUUGUGUUCAUAGAUGACAUCUUGAUUUACUCAAAGAAUGAAGAAGAGCAUGAGGAACACUUGGUACUUGUUCUUGAGACGCUACGGGAGAAGCAACUCUAUGCCAUGUUUUCCAAAUGUGAAUUUUGGCUAAAGGAGAUUGGCUUUCUCAGGCAUGUAGUUUCGGGAUCAGGGAUAGCGGUUGAUAACAAGAAGAUUGAAGCCAUUACCGAAUGGGAGAGGCCAAAGAACGUCAAGGAAAUACGUAGUUUCCUCGGAUUGGCAGGAUACUAUAGAAAAUUCGUGGAGAAAAUCUCUGUUUUGGCAUCACCAUUGACGAAGCUCACUCGAAAGGGGGCUAAGUUUGUAUGGGAUGAUCAAUGCGAGAAGGGAUUCAUUGAAUUGAAGAAAAGAUUGACCGAGGCACCGGUACUUGCAUUACCCAAAUAGGGUAUGGGGUACGAUGUCUACAGCGACGCGAGCAUCCAAGGGCUUGGAUGUGUCUUGAUGCAGAAUGGGAGGGUGAUCGCCUAUGCUUCACGAUAGUUGAAGAAGCAUGAGGUAAAUUAUCCUACUCAUGACUUAGAGCUGGGGGCAGUGGUAUUUGCAUUAAAGAUUUGGAGACAUUAUCUCUACGGGGAAACAUGCCAUAUAUACACUGACCACAAAAGCCUGAGGUACGUGUUUACUCAGAAAGAGUUAAACAUGAGACAGAGACGCUGGAUGGAGUUGAUAAAAGACUACCAUCUAGUUAUCAAGUACCACCCCAGUAAAGCCAACGUGGUAGCGGAUGCCUUGAGCCGAAAGAAUUCGUCUCGGGCAUUGUUGACUAGUUUGAGGGCAUUGAGAGUCCAAUUGGAGGUAUCUAGCGAUGGUGCCUUGUUAGCUAGAUUCGAGGUGAGACCAACAUUACUUGAUGAAAUCAAGAAGGGUCAAGAAACUGAUGAAGAGCUUAUGAAGGUCCGUGAACGCAUGCUAGCGGGACCGGUUGAGGAUUUCAGUGAAAGAGACGAUGGUCUCUUAUUAUUUCGUGACCGAGUGUGUGUACCGUCGGAUGAUGGGCUCCGAAAGUCCAUCUUAGAGGAGGCUCAUUCAUCGGCGUAUGCCAUGCAUCCGGGAGGCACGAAAAUGUACCGUGAUUUGAAAGAAAGUUACUGGUGGUCUGGUAUGAAGAGGGAAAUAGCCGAGUACAUCAGUAGGCGUCUUACUUGUCAGUAAGUUAAGGCAGAACAUCAGUGUAAUACUUGAGAUUUAAUUUAAACGGAUUAAUAGUACUACUCAUACUAACAGAGGUGCAUCUCCUUUUAAGGGAGCUCAUCACCUAAGAACUCCAAAGUUAAGCGUGCUUGCACGAGAGUAGUCUUGGGAUGGGUGACCCCCUGGGAAGUUUCUCAGGGCGCGCACGUGUGAGGACAAAGUGCGCGGAAAAGGCUAGUGGCGGUUUGUGAGGACAGUACUAGAGGUCAGAAGUAACUACCUCGGGGUUUACAGGGGCCGGGGUGUUACAAUCAGCAUCCAACGGGGUUAUUACAGCCACUUUCCAUUCCUGAAUGGAAGUGGGAACACGUGACUAUGGAUUUCGUGGUGGGUCUGCCACGAACGGUUAAGAACUAUGAUGCCGUAUGGGUUGUGGUUGAUAGGCUUAUGAAGAGUGCACAUUUUCUACCUAUCAACACCACCUAUGCACUGGAGAGGUUAGCCAAGUUGUAUGUGGAUGAGAUCGUGAGGCUACACGGGGUUCUGAUAACCAUUGUAUCUGAUAGAGAUCCGCGAUUCACAUAAUGAUUUUGGCCGAAGUUCCAAGAAUCUAUGGGGACAAAGUUGAAAUUCAGUACAACUUUUCAUCCACAAACGGAUGGGCAAUCCGAGCGGGUUAUACAGAUAUUAGAGGAUAUGCUGAGAGCUUGUGCAUUGGAGUUCCAAGGGAGUUGGGACAAACAUUUGGCACUUGUGGAGUUUGCCUAUAACAACAGUUAUCAGGCGAGUAUAGGCAUGCCUCCAUACGAGGCAUUAUAUGGGAGGAGGUGUCGUACACCUUUGUGUUAGGACGAGGUUGGCAUGGCCAAACUCGAGAGCACGGAAUUGAUGGAGAUCACCAAAUCAAAGAUAAAGAUGAUCCCUGAGAGACUUAAGGCGGCACAGGAUAGACAGAAGAGCUAUGCCGAUAAGCGCCGAAGAGCCUUAAAGUUUAAGGUUGGAGAUGAGGUAUUUUUGAAGGUUUCACCUUGGAAAGGAAUCAUCCGAUUUCAGAGCCGAGGGAAACUUAACCCACGCUACAUAGGGCCAUUUGUGAUUCUUGAAAGAAUUGGGACCGUAGCAUACCGAUUACAGUUGACUCCGGAAUUGGAGAAAAUACAUAAUGUAUUCCAUGUGUCUAUGCUUAAGAAGUAUAUUCCGGAUUCAUCUCAUGUAUGAGAGAAACCACCCGUGAAAAUACGGGAGGACUUGAACUAUGCUGUGCAACCGGUAAGAGUACUUGGUAGGCAAGUAAAGAAGCUAAGGAGCAAGAAAGUUCCAAUGGUUAAAAUCCUUUGGAAGAGUGACCGGGUUGAAGAGGAAACUUGGGAAACUGAAGCCUUGAUGAAGGAACAAUAUGCAUUUCUGUUUGAAUAAGCAAUUGUGAAUUUCGGGGACGAAAUUCCCGUUAGGGGGGGGGGGGGUGAACUUGUGACACCGCACCCAGAUGUACUUGAAUUUGAAAUUCAGUAUGUAUUUGAAUUUUUCUAGCGAAUGAUUUCGUGUAAAAGAAUGAUAUAUUUAAUUAAUGGAUGAUUAAUUAAAUUAUUUAUCGGGUCCAUAAUAUUGAGAGUGGGAUACCAAAUAUUGAGUUGGGUCAUCUGAUGCACACUAAUUAGUAGUGCAUAAUUAUAUGUUUUUAUGUUUGAUUUAUGUUGAUUGUUUGACGUUGUAUGUAGUUUGUAAACAUUUAUGUGGUUUCAGUUGUAAUUGUAUUUUAGCCUUUUUUUAUAAGUUGUAAAGCGUAGUUAGGAUUUGUGGUGUUGGAAAGGAAGACUUUGAAGAGAAGAAAACAAGAAAUUUGACUGCCCAGGAGUAAAACCCGAUCGGGUAGAAACCCUCACCCGGUCGGGUAUGAUUUAACAGACGAAAUUGCCAAGAAAGUCACUGGACCCGGUCGGGUCCCCUACUUGACCCGGUCGGGUCAGAUGUGACCCGGGACAAAACGACGUGCGAAGAUCACCAGAACGUGGCGGAUUAUCUGAUUUUGACCGGACCCGGUCGGGUAAGUACUUGACCCGGUCGGGUACCCGGUCAAAGGUGUUGAAAAACACCUAUAAAUAGCACUCUUUUUCUUCUCUAAAAACAAUCUCUUCUUCCAUACUCCUAAGCUCAGUUUAGAAUAGCAUUUCUUUAUAUUUUUCUAGCUAUGUUUAGUCUCCAAAUGAGGAGCUAAACUUCCAUUUCUUGGUGUUGCUCUUGAAGCUUGUUGAUUAUUAAAGUUGUGAGUUAUUUUCUUAAACUUCUUCCCUUGAAUAUUAAUUAUUAGUUCUUUCCUUAAUACUAUCUCUAUAUUAAUGUUGGGGAGUGUUGCUAAGAUGACAAUUAGCUAACAUCUUGACAUUAGUUAUAGUAGUAUUUUCUUCCUCUAUAUUAAUGUUGGGGAGUGUUGCUAAGAUGACAAUUAGUUAACAUCUUGAUAUUAAUUAUAGUAGGAUUCAUCUUCUUUAAUAAUAUUCUUCCUUGAAUAUUAAUUAAUUCCUAAUCAUAUUUCAUAUUAAUAUUUUGAACAUUACUUAAAGGAUCAACUAGUUUUGUUUCAUAUAUUAAUCAUUACUAGAAACGAUCAACGAACCGAUGGUUAAUCGUUGAUGGUUUCACAAGUAAGUAACUUCGGUUUAUUAAUGCACGGUCGUGGUUAAUAAACUUAAGAGGGUUUAAUUUUGUUGGUUAAAUCGAAACCGUUGUGUUGAGGUUAUCAAUCUCAAUUGAUUUCAUCAAGGAGUUAGAAAGAUUAAAUGCUACUAUUAAAUCGGUAUAAGGCGUUGUUCUAUAUUUGAUUAAUAGUAAGGGUUAUUAAUGAACGGUCGUUGUUAAUAACUACCCUCGAUGAAGUGGACAUACUCCCCGAUUGAGUAUUCGAGAGGGAAUAAGUUAUAGAUAUAACAAUGAUCGACUAAAAUAUAUCAACAAGUGGAAAGUAGCAAUGUCAAGUCUUUUUUAUCUUUGAAUUAAACACAUAUAGGCUGUUCAUCUUAGUUCUUAAUUAAAUUAAAUCACUCAAUCCAAAUCCCCCCUUUAUUUACUAAGUUUCAUAAAAAGAGAAUUAUUCUUUUCCCUGUGGAUACGAACUCUACUACGCUAUACUACGUAUAAGUGUUAGUAUUGAAAAUUAUUUUGACGCACCGUGACAAAGUGCUCGUCAAAUUUGGCGCCGUUGCCGGGGAAAGACAAUUACUUUUCUUUUUAUUUUAUCUCAUAAAUAUAUAUAUAUAUAUAUAUAUAUAUAUAAAUUCUUGCUCUUCUAUUUUCUGAGCUUACAUGAGUUAUGAGUAUAUGGAUACCAACACUUCAUCCUUAGAGAGUCAAAUUUCCUUCUUGACUUCUCUAAUAAAGGAAUGUAUCUUUAACUCAAAAGCUCAGGAUGCCAAGACAUGCAACAUUUGCAUGUCUCACAGGCAUCAUACGGACUUCUGCCCAGAGCUCCAAGAAGAAUACUUUGCACAAAUUGAUGAUGUACCUCACAUGAGGUAUGAUCCAUUCUCCAACUCUAAUAUGUCCACGGAGGACAUGGUUUGGGCUCUUACUAACAGUGUGACCGCCAUGCAACAAAACAUGGUGCAAUUCCAAAAUGAGACCAAGUCUAGCAUUUUGAAUUUGGAAACUCAAAUGAGUCAAAUAGCCGGAGUCGUGAGUAGGCUUGAAGCAAGGGAUUCAGAAAAACCUCCUUCUCAACUAGAAUGUGAUCCUAGAUAGCAAACUUUUGCAAUCACAUUGACAAAUGAAGAGGAAAUGCAAAAGGAGAUCCAGAAUCCAGAAGAAGUAGAGGAAGAAAAAGACACGGAGCUCCAACUGGUCAAAGAAGAGGAUAAUCUGAGCUUCAAGGUUAAAUAUCUAUCCUUGUCAUCUUUUGAGGUACCACCAUCAAUUCUAAAUUUUUUUAGGGAAACUCAUAAACUUGGAAAGGACAAUGACAUUUCUGAAAUCCUAUUCAAAAUUGGGGGAUCGAAAAACUUUUCAUUGACCAUAGUAAACGAUAAUUUCUUCCCAUUCCUCCCACCGCAUGAAUCAAUGACAAUCUAGAUAUUUGAUCCUGGAAAGAUUCCCAAAUUGAAGAGUCGAGAAGUUGAGCACUCUUAUGAACGUCCUAGGAGUGAAAGUGUGAAAAAGAUAAACUAUCAUGAUCCAAGUUUGAAUGACUGGACACAAUGAUGGCGUCGUGCCGCGACGUUAAAUAAGGCGCUUCUUGGGAGGCAACCCAUGCAAGGUACGUUUACUUGUUUUAUUUUAUUUUUACACAUUUCAAAAACAAAUGACCUGGGAUUGAACCCGGUCGGGUAUAAAACCCUACCCGGUCGGGUUACCUCUUAAAACACAGCACCUGGCCAACCGCCCGGGCGAGGCAGAUGAAGAACAAAGAAUAAAUCAACCGCCCGACCGGGUAGACCCCUAUACCCGGCCGGGCAACCCAGCAAAAAACUCUCUGCCUCGGGUGAACAGCUUACGCCCGACCGGGUCAGUCACUAUACCCGGUCGGGCGGUCGGGCAAAAGCCCGAUAAGGGUGCGGGCGGACAGCUUUUCUUACCCAUUUUCUUUUCCUCCCAUUCGAACCACACCCCAAAUUUCCUCCAUUUCCAAAAGUCAAAAGCUUCAUAUCUCCUACAUCCAUCCACCAAUUAAACCCAUUUCAUUCAUCACCUCUUCACCCUUUUCAUCUCCACAUCCACGAAUCACCAACAAAACCUCCCAGAAAUUAACAAAAAAAACAUUCAUCUCAGACACAAGCACUAGGGACAGUGCUUUGAUUAGCUUGGGGGAGAGUUUUAUGGAAUACUCACAUUCAUACUCUUUAUUCUUGUAAAAAAAACAAAAAAAAAAUUAUAAAAGCUUGUUAAGUUGAAAACCCGAAAGGGCAACUUAAGCAAAAAUAAAGCAAAAAUAAGAGUGAGUUGUGAGGAUUAAAACAGAAAAAUGUGGGAAGCUAGGAUGAAAACCCGAAAGGGCACCUAGGCAAAAUAGGAGAACGAGAGUAGUAUUUUCUUCCUCUAUUAAUAUUGGGGAGUGUUGCUAAGAUGACAAUUAGUUAACAUCUUGAUAUUAAUUAUAGUAGGAUUCAUCUUCUUUAAUAAUAUUCUUCCUUGAAUAUUAAUUAAUUUCUACUCAUAUUUCAUAUUAAUAUUUUGAACAUUACUUAAAGGAUCAACUAGUUUUAUUUCAUAUAUUAAUUAUUACUAGAAACGAUCAACGAACCGAUGGUUAAUCGUUGAUGGUUUCACAAGUAAGUAACUUUGGUUUAUUAAUGCACGAUCGUGGUUAAUAAACUUAAGAGGGAUUAAUUUUGUUGGUUAAACCGAAACCGUUGUGUUGAGGUUAUCAAUCUCAAUCGAUUUCAUCAAGGAUUUAGAAAGAUUAAAUGCUACUAUUAAAUCAGUAUAAUGCGUUGUUCUAUAUUUGAUUAAUAGUAAGAGUUAUUAAUGAACGGUCGUUGUUAAUAACUAUCCUCGAUGAAGUGGAUAUACUCCCCGAUUGAGUAUUCGAGAGGGAAUAAGUUAUAGAUAUAACAAUGAUCGACUAAAAUAUAUCAACAAGUGGAAAGUAGCAAUGUCAAGUCUUUUUUAUCUUUGAAUUAAACACAUAUAGGUUGUUCAUCUUAGUUCUUAAUUAAAUUAAAUCACUCAAUCCAAAUCCCCCCUUUAUUUACUAAGUUUCAUAAAAAGAGAAUUAUUCCUUUUCGUGUGGAUACGAACUCUACUACGCUAUAUUACGUAUAAGUGUUAGUAUUGAAAAUUAUUUUGACGCACCGUGACAAAGUGCUCUUCAUCAUCAUAAUAAUUAUAGAAGCCCAAUAAAAUGCCAACCAAUGUUGGGAAAAAUGUCUGGACAACUCAAGUGCUAUUUUGACCCAACCUGCCAGAAAUAGCAAUAAUAAUCGGGGGAAACUUCCUACAUCCAAUUGGGACUUUUCCUACAUGUGUUGUACACCCUAAAUAAUGGGAAUGAGACAACAAAGCAUGGCUUGGCCGGACAUGUGAUUGAGGGAGUGAUUGGAGGUACAUGCACACUCUUUUAGGGCCAUGCCUUAGCAUUAUUUGCUAUUUGAUUGAGUAAGGUGCCUCCCCCUUUCAUUUCUCAUCCACACGACCAAGGGAGAGAGAGUGGAGCUCUAGAGAAAAGUUGUCACCAACAAGAAGCUUGAGGAGGCUAAAGGGAAGGAAAUCCAAGAAGAAACUACCUAGAAGAAAGGAGUCGAAAUCGCCGGAAACCGCCACUCCAAAGGAGCUGCUCGUAGUUGCAGACUACGAAAGCCGCCCGGCUUUUGUGAAAGCCGCCCGGCUUUUGACUGCUGUCCAGAAAUAUCACUUUCAAUCGGCCUAGAACGGGGAUUGAUCGAGGGGCUUAACAAAGGCAACUAUUGUAGCACAUCACAAGGUAGGAGCUGAGCUUGCUACCAUUGUCUGUGGCUUCGAGGAGAUUCUAGGAGAGAAGACGUGGUUCGUGCUUCCUCCGUUUCUGUUUCAAACCAAUUAUAACAAUGCUCAUGGAUAUUAUUUUUUGAAUAAUUAUUUGGGGGCUUGUAUGCCCAUGUUUGCCAAAGUGUGGCAUAGACUCUUAUAUUAAAUGUUUCCG